AUGAGCGCAUGCGAGCCCGAUAACCAGGCGAAGGGGCUGGAGCGACCGUCGGCACUCCCUCUGGAUCAGCUGCAGAGGCUCUACGCGAAUUUUCGAGGCCCCUACAUAGGUGAAAUAGCGAACGAUUUUGUGGCAGCCCUCGCCCAUUAUGAGGGCACCUACGAUCCUGAAAUCUACUGUGGCCACACGAUUGUCAUUGUACCGUCGAGCGGCACAGGCAAAUCACGUCUGGUGGAGGUGGAUUUCUUCACGAGAAGUCGUAUCAUGGGUGAUGAAUCUCCCGAGUCAGAGGAGCUGGCAGCUGCCUUCCUCAGAGCGUUGAUGAAGUCGUUGCUUGACGGGGUUAGACAGAAAACGACGACGACAGGACCAAAAGACUUGCUGAGCGAUUGGGAAAAUGCCGAUCCCGCCGAUCCUCAAACCUUUGAGCGCCAUCAGCUUUUCGCGCAAGUUGAGACCUCGGCCGAGGAAACGCUGCAUGAGCAUCACGAAGAACUCCGCCUACUGCGCUUGCGACCGACAUAUGAUCCUGAACUUCCCGACCAUCGACUGAAUCCCCUCGUUUGGCACAAAUCACUCCUUCGUGUACUCGUGCGACCCCACAUGGAGACUCUUGCUGAGCUCUUGCAACUCCGUGGUUAUAGUCGAUUCAUCGUUGCAUUUGACGAUCGCACCACGUUAAACGCUAGAUUUGGAAUCAAUAUGUCGUGGAUGGCCCUUCAGCGCAUUAUAAACGCUGCUGACCGCCUUGCCCUCCCUGUCAAGUUCUGGUUUCUGUUGCUCGAUAAGACUCCGUCUCUGUACGAUCUUGCUCCACGAGAAAAGAUCACCUCUUCCUUCCUGCUCAAGGACAAGUUCAAAGAUGCUGCAUCCGUGGAUGUACCUCGGGUUCAACCAGCACCUCAGCGAUGUUUGUUUGACGACACCACAACAAGCACUUCUUCUCCGUCACAUGAAGAUGUAUGGCAGAUCCACAUUGGUGAAGGCGAAGGGUCUAUUGGCUUGGCUACAGCUUCCGUGCGCAGCCACAUGCGCGUCCCGACGGGUGUCGCCGACAACCUCCUCGUGACAGAGGCUCCUUCAGAGCCAAUUCUCUCCAUCGCUGCCGCUACAGCACUCCUCGAGGGCUUUCGAGACCUUGUUCGACGAACUUAUUCUCACAGGGCUUGUGGUCGAUCGAAGCCUUCGGGGCGAUCUAUGUUGCCAGUUACUGAUGAUCCUCAGCCGAGACAUGGGGACGCUGAAGGAAGUAGGCAAACGCUACUCGGGCCCGAGCUCAGUUUUCCUAUGGGCAACACCUUGCGCGAUCGUCUCCUUGAUGACACUGCUGGUAUCUGGAUCAACUUCACCCACGUCGUCCAACUCGACGAGAUCAUAACUGAAUUGACUCCCGAGUUUCUGAAAAAAUGCUGGUCCUCUAAUGCAGCUAUACAAUGCUCCUCCGGGCAGUCGGUCUUCAACGAAUUCUUCGUCGGCUAUCGCGACGACCUUAGCAAGCCAUUCGACAACAAAAAUCUUAUCUAUGUGCUUUGGCGCACAAAUACCAAGACCAGGGCGGGAUCACAUCCUCUCGUCGACGGUCUGGCUGGUACUUGGAUAGUCCCCAAAGAUGGCCCUCGCUACAAGCCCACAAAUUACCUCGCGAUUGUUAUGGACCUUUGCGCGACUACUUCUUUCCAAGAUAGUCAAAAAUGUCGUUUGACGUAUGAAGAGCCCUGGAGGCCUCGAAGGGACGUCCGCGGGCUCAGUACGACCUAUCCGGUCAUCGGGAACUACGACGCGCGUUUCAGACAACUGCUCGAACGCACAGUGGGAUACUCUGAUGCUAGGUUUGCCGAGUACGCGGAGAAGAUGUACGCGAGUGUCCGGCAUCUGACACUCGUCGAUUGA